AUGGAUCUCGGCAAUUUGGCCAAUCUCCAGACGGAGGGGGUCAAUCCCCGGACCGUCAAUAUCGACCGCAUCUCAACAUUGGAGAUGUGCACCAUCAUCAAUGCGGACGACCAUAAAGUUUCCGAGAGUGUUACACCGUGUCUGCCGGCGAUUGCAGGUGCCAUUGACGGGUUAGCAUUGCGCGUGCGCCGAGGAGGUCGAGUGAUCUAUGUCGGGGCUGGAACGAGUGGCAGACUUGGCGUUUUGGAUGCCUCAGAGAUACCACCUACUUUUGCAGCACCUCGCGAGCAGUUCGUCGGAUUGAUUGCCGGUGGAGAUGCGGCAAUUCGACAAGCGCAAGAAGGUGCCGAAGAUGACGACCACGCUGGCGAAGAGGACAUGAGGAAUCUCAACCUCAACCCCGAGCUGGAUAGCAUCAUUGGAAUUGCCAGCUCUGGCCGUACACCGUAUGUGCUGGGGUGUCUCGCGUUUGGAAAAAACUUGGGAUGUCUCACGAUUGGUGUUGUUUGCGCGGAACCCUCUGCGAUCGGGCUGUCUGGCAAUGUGGAUUUUCUGAUUGCACCUGUGCCAGGGCCGGAGGUUGUGACUGGAAGCACGAGGUUGAAGGCUGGAACAGCGACAAAGUUGGUUCUGAAUAUGCUCAGUACUGGCACAAUGAUUCGAACUGGAAAGACUUACGGUAACAUGAUGGUCGAUCUGCAAGCAUCGAAUUUGAAGCUGAAGCAGCGUUCAAAAAACAUUCUGAAGAGACUGAGUUCAAAGUGUGCCGCGAUGGCAGACUCUGAUCUGGACGAGCUGCUCGUCAAGUGUAACUGCAGCGUAAAGCUUGCUAUUCUUGUUGCGGAGACCGGGAACUCCGUCGAGACUUGCAAGAGAGACUUGCAGGCUGUGGGAGGAAUCCUUUCAAAAGCACUGGACUCGGUAGUGCCAAAUAUCCAGCCUGUUUCGGAUGAAUUCGUGAGAAAAUUCGCGCUUUGCAUUGAUGGUGGGGGUACCAAGUGUGCUGCAGUAAUUGCCGACGCAGCAGGAAACACAACUCGUGGCUAUGCAGGUCCAUGCAAUCUUACAGAUAACAUUGCGAAUGUUGAUGGAGUAGUAUCCACACUGAUCGAAGCUACCAAGAACGCCUUGAAACAGCACAUUCCCGAAGAGAAAGUGACAGCAUCCGCCUGGAAAGCCUAUCUACAAACUGUAUUCCACUCGGUUUGGAUUGGUGUAGCUGGCCUGGAUCGUGCCGGGCUGAAGGACUCCUUGACUCCUCAACUUGGAAAGACCUUUGGAUUGGAUCAUACAACCGCCGCAUUCCGAUUAACGAGCGAUGUAGACCUCUUACCUGCUGUCGUUUCAGCAAAAGAAAAUCAUCCACCGGUGAUUGUUCUCAUCGCAGGUACUGGCAGCGUGGCGAUGCGGUACAACUGGGACCAGGAUCAAGGUUAUGUUCGCGUCGCUCGUUCCGGAGGUUGGGGACAUAUUCUGGGCGACGAAGGUGGAGGCUAUUCCAUUGGUCGCGAGGCGAUCCAAUUCACACUUGAUGUGUUGGAACAGCGUACCCUGGGUCUGAAAUCGCAGGAUUUGGGUGAACUUGAACUGGCUGUGAUUAACAAGCUUGGGUGUCCUACGGAAGAAGAUGGAAGCAUUGAUAUUUUGACGGAAAUUCUCUCUACGCAAGAGGGUCGCCAUAUCAAGACUCGCAUUGCUGGGAUAGCAGAGACUGUCUUGAGACUUGCCCCGGGCAAUGAUGCUGCAAUGUCGAUUGUAAAGCUUCAGGUCUCUCGUCUCAUCAAUAAGACCCUUGCUCGUUUGACUGAUAAUCGAUCCAAAGGCUUCUCGGCUAUCAUAGAGUCUGAACUGGUGUUGACUGGGGGCUUGAUGAAAAAUGUCGCAUAUUCAGAAGCGUUGCGGAAAGAGUUAGAGCAGAGUGGGUUGCAUUUCCGGUCGAUUCGACUCGUUGAAGACGUGGCGGAAAGUGUCGCAAAAGGCUUGAUCUUAUAA